AUGUCAUCCAUACGAAAGUCAACUAGAACAAGAACUCCAACUCCAAAAGCAUCAACUAACUUGAAAACAGAAGAACCUUCACAGAAAAAACGAAAAUUAUCAAUAGAAGAAGAAGAAAAGUUGAUUUCAUUUGAUAAAAUAGACCCAGUUGAAAAAUUACUCAGUCUUACUAAUAUAAAUUAUGAUUUUUUAUCAGAUUUAGAAUCAGAAACUGAAGUUGAAGAAAUUUAUGAAGAAGAACCAAUACAAAUUGCAUCCGUUAAUUUUACUCAAAUUUUACAAGAUAACAUAAGACAAUAUUAUCUCAAGAAGUUGCAAAAUUCACAAUAUAAAGAUUCAUUUGCAUUACUAAAUAGAAAGGAAGAAGAAGUAAUAACUAAGGAAGCUGCAAAACUACCUACAACUUCUGAAGUUCCUUUUUUCAAGAAUGUAAAUUUCAGUAAUAAUAAAAAAGAAUAUUCAAUUGAAGAUUAUUUUUCAUAUGGAGAAGAUGAAGAAAAGGAAACAGAAGCCACCACAUCAGAACCUGAAAGUCCAAUAAGUUCACCUAUAGCAUCAUCUACAUCUUUAUAUAUUCCAAAAAUUAACAAUCGAUAUACAAAUUCAGGCUAUAAGUAUCAAGAUGUUUCUAGAAUAUUAAAUAAGAAUUGUAUAAUAACUGGCAAAGCUUCCGAAAUGGUUUCAACUGGAAAUUUUAUGAUUAAUGAUUUCUACCUUUAA